AUGAGACAGAGGGCUCUCUGUAUAGACAAGCUAAGGAAAUUCAGUAAGGUAGAACAAAAGAAAAAGCUCCAGGGCUGGGAAAACCACUCAAAAACAUCUUCUGCUGAUAACAUGGAUGUACUAAAACAGGAGAAUUAUGCUUUAUUACAUGAUGAAUCUGAUGUGGAAGAAUAUGAUAGAAACAAUGCAGCAACUGUGAAAUCACAAGGGAAAUCACAUAUAACAAGAUUCACUGAUAACGUGACUUGGACACAACCACUGUGGGUUUGUCACACAACUUUUAUUGUGGUUCUGAUAUUGUCACAAGUGGCGCUGUGUAUCUUUGUUCUGAAAGAACAGAUGCAUGAUAAAACAUCUAAACUGGAACAAGAGACAUUGCAAAACAAUACCUUUGGAAUGAACAGUCCUGAUUAUCAUAUUGAUAAUGGAAAUAGUCUGACAUUUGAGAACAGGACACAAAUGAACGAUGACCUGAAAAUGGAACAGUUACAACAAGAAAAUCAUAGCAAGGAUGCUAAUAUUUUGAAAAGAGUUCAUACAAUAGAAACUAAUAUAAAAUCAAUCAAGAAAAUUGUUUCCAGUCAAGGAGAGGAUAUAAAAGCUCUAAUGGCCCAUCAACAAGCUGACAGGAUAAAGUACGAAAAAGUAAUGGAACGACAGUUCAACAAUAAGACCACAGCACUGAACAGCCUUCAAAAUCGCCUGGAGGAGGGUUUGGACUUAGUUUUUUCCCAAAUAUCACAGCUCAGGGAUGAUGUCUACUUUAUUGAAAAUGCUUUAAACCAAACAAAGCAAGAACGUUUAGGAGAAAAUGAAACAGUCCUGAAACCAGCAAAGAGGGGGUUCACAGUUCCACCAGUGACUGAUCCUCAGCAGAAUGCAUCACAGGAGAUGAGUCAGGAGAUUAAGACAACCGUGCAACCAAUUUCAAAGCAGAAGGAUGAGUCUGGGGAAGUGUACCACAUAUCUACUUCUCUUCUGAAAAGUCGAGCAGACUUUCAGAUAUUUUUUUAUGGAGCAGACAAAGAUGCAGAUGGAUAUCUGACCUAUGAUGAAAUAAAGAACAUUUUUGGAGAAGAGGCCCUGAGUAAAGAGCUGUUACAACAUGUUGGUGGUAACCAGGACAGAAUGUACUCUUACAUCGAACUAAUGAGAAUGUUCUCACUGAAAGACUAAUAAUGAAGGUUGCGGAACACGAUGGUUAAUAUGCAGCUUCAAAAGAAGGAUCUCUACUAUUGAAUUUCACUGAAGAAGAGGCAGUUUAACAAAUUAAAAAGAGAUUCCUCAAAAUUUAGCAAAUAUUUUAAUUUUUAUUACUGCAUGGAAACAAACAAAAUGUAUUCUUUUCACAACUUCAGAAAUAACAUAGUUAUAACUUUUAAUUGUAUUAGCUUCAAGUUCUACAGUAGACAUUAGGAAGGCAUCCGGUCCUUAGGUCGACAGUACUUAGGUCAACAGUCAUUCGGUCAACCACUAUUGGUCGACAUGCAUUAGGUCAACAUGGUCUAUAGGUUGACAUGGUCACUAGGUCGACAUGAAAAAGGUUGAAAUGAGUUUUUCACAUUUUCUUUCAUUUUUUUAGUUUUUUCAUACUUUACAAUCCACAUAGACUACAAUUGGGAAUGGUAACCUCUGCCGAGCACAGCUGUAGCGGAGUGAGGCACCUUGCCCGAAGCUCGCUCGCCAUGCGAGGGGAUACGGUGCACUAAUUGGGGUUCCCGAUCAUUUUACGAAGUAAUCCACACCCAAAAAUACUUUAAAAACUCAUGUCAACCUUUUUCCAUGUCGACCUUGUUUAUGUUGACCUAGUGACCAUGUUGACCUAUUUCAUGUGUCGACCUAGUCAAUGUUGACCAAUAUUGGUCGACCUAGUGACUCUCAACCUAGUUACUGUCUAUGCUAUGGUCCACACCCAUUAGGAAAGUCAUGUUGGUAUAUUCCCAAAUGUAAGACAUAAAGGGGAGAUUUAUCAAAGCUUUGAGAGAUAAAAAGACAAUCAGCUCCUGUUAUUUCACUGGAUGUGUCUCUUCACUUUAUCUAUCUCCAAGCUUUGAUACAUCUCCCCCAGAAUGAUAAUAUCCUUUUAAUAAUAAUUGUCAUGUGAACUUUAAUUUGUAUAUUUUCCCCAUACAUAAGGAUGAUCCUGUUUUAAAGUACUUUAAACAUGAAAUGCACAGUUUAGUUGGAAA